AUCCCUUCAGCUGCUCUCCGCCCAGCUCUGACAUGGCAGUGAAGGACACCGCACUCAACAAUGAUCCAUUUGCUCCAGGAGGUACUUCCGUGAGUGCUGGCUCAGACCCAGAUCCAUUUGCUUCUGUGUUUGGUAAUGAGUCAUUUGGAGGGGGCUUUGCUGAUUUCAGUGCUUUGUCAAAGUCAAAUGGCGCUGAUACCUUUGCAACCAACAACAAAAACCUGUUCCAGGAGGAGAGCCAGUCGUCCAGCCCUGAGGUGCCGCCUGCCCUACCUCCCAAGACGGGCACACCAACCAGACCUCCACCUCCACCUCCAGGUAAGAGAUCCUCGAUCCCCAGGAUGGAGUCCUCGGACUCUUUCCACCGAAGAGGUCACUUCCUCCCCCAGAGUUCUGGAGACUUCUCCUCCUCCUCCUCUUCCUCUUCCCUCCCUGCCAAGGAUCCCUCAGCCGACCCCUUCGCCCCAUCCUCCCCUCCUCGCCACAACGCACGGGAACCUGACCGAUUUGCCACAUUUGACAAAGGAUGCCAUGCAGGUGAAAGAAAGCCCUGACAGCCCUGACUCCCCAAGCCGGCUAUCAGUUAUAAACGGUUCAGAACUGGAUCCCAUCAUAGCAGAUUUCAAGUUACAGUUACCAGACAACAUGGAUGUCCUGCGAUCAUCAGAUCCACCUAACGGGUUUCCGCGGUCAAACCUGUCUAAGGCUCUGGAGGACUGUAUGGCUGCCCUGGACCUGUUCCUCAAGAAUAACUUUGAGGAGUCCCAGGCCCACCUGAGAUCCAGAAUCAAAGACAGCAUGUACCAUGCACUGACCUAUGCCACCAUCCUGGAGAUGCAGGCCAUGAUGACCUUUGACCCUGAACACAUCCUGGCAGCAGGAAACACCAUGAAGGAGGCCCAGGCCAUCUGUCAGCGAUACCGCAAGAAAUCAACCUUCACCAACAAAAACUUUACAGAAGAGGAACUCCAUGCUGAAGUGUGCUAUGCCGAGUGUCUCUUGCAGAGAGCAGCACUAACCUUUCUUCAGGAUGAAAACAUGAUCAGUUUCAUCAAAGGAGGGAUCAAAGUGAGGAAUAGCUACCAGACAUACAAGGAGCUGCAUGCAGUCCUCCAGUCCACUGGCUACACUCACGGGGACAACCACGGCCAUUUUGAGGGUGGUGUGAAGCUGGGGGUGGGCGCCUUCAACCUGAUGAUCUCCAUGUUACCCACACGGACACUCAGGCUGCUGGAGUUUGUGGGCUUUUCUGGUAAUAAGGAGUUUGGUCUUCAGCAGCUCCAGGAGGGCUCAGCAGAGAACACAUUCAGGUCCUUCCUGUGUAACAUGCUAUUGCUCUGCUAUCAUACCUUCAUGAGCUUCAUACUUGGCACUGGAGAGGGCGACGUGGAGGAUGCAGAGAAACUACUGCAGCCAUAUCUCCAAAAGUAUCCCAAGGGAUCCAUCUUUUUGUUUUUCGCUGGUCGAAUAGAGGAGAUCAAAGGCAACCUGGAUGCUGCUAUCAACCGUUUCGAGGAGUGCUGUGAGGCCCAGCAGCAGUGGAAACAGUUUCACCACAUGUGUUACUGGGAGCUGAUGUGGUGCUUCACAUACAAGAGGCACUGGAAGAUGGCUUACUUCUAUGCUGACCUGCUCAGCAAGGAGAACACGUGGUCCAAGGCUACCUAUGCGUAUAUGAAAGCAGCCUACCUCAGCAUGCUGACUAAGGAUGACUGCCUGACAUUUGGGGAGACUGAGCUAACUCUGUUCAGGCAGGUGCCGGGGCUGAAGCAGAAAAUAGCAGGCAAGUCUUUGCCAACUGAGAAGUUUGCUAUCAGGAAGGCCCGGCGCUACCUAGCAGAGAACCCAAUUCCUCUUCCAGCUCCUCCUCUGGAGAUGAUGUACAUCUGGAAUGGCUACACAGUGAUCGGUAAACACAAAGACCUGACAGAGGGCAUGCUGAAAACACUGGAUGAAGCACAGGCUAAACUUGACAGCAGCCCAAGGAAUGAAUUCUCCAUAGACGACCAGUGUCUGGUGAGUCUGUUGAGGGGACUGUGCCUCAAACACCUGGGCCACCAGGAGGAGGCAGAGCACUACUUCACCCUCAUCCUGUGCAAUGAGGCCCAGAUUAAGUAUGACCACUACCUGGUUCCCAAUGCCCUGCUGGAGCACGGCCUGCUGUGUCUGGAGCAAGGCAGGACCGAUGAGGCCAUCAAGCUCCUGGAGACAGCAAAGCAAAAUUAUAAAAACUACUCCAUGGAAUCACGGACACACUUCCGUAUCCAGGCUGCUUUACACAAAGCCAAGGGCACUGGGGAGAACGGGAUCCACAUGCCCUCUAGCCCCUAGUGCCCAGAGGAGGGCGCACCAGACUAGAGGCAGCAUCCUGUUCCUGACAUCCCACAAUGCACCACUCAGCCCAACCCAAUGCAGUGCCAGGUCGAGGAGUCGGGGUGAACCCAACAGAGCCAGCCCCGCGAGCACUAGACCCGAUUUCAAUAUGGUGGCUACUGUUGGCUCUCAUCUAGCUCAGAAUAUAUCUGACUAAAUCUAACCAAUUUUUGAAAAAAGUGAAAGUGAAAAGUGAUAGUCUAGAGAUGAGUAAGUCUCCUAACUGGGGAGCUAAAUAUAAAAAAAGCAAUUAAAAAUAUUCUAGCACGGGGUGCCUCUGUAACUGAAUAGUUACAGUGCACACCACAUGGACACAACGUCACCGGUUCAAUUCUAGCUGGCGACCUAUGUUGCAUGACAUACCCCUCUCUCUUGUCUUCAUUUCCUGUCGACCUCUUGUCUGAUAAAGUUAAAAACACCAAAACACAAUCUUGAAAAAUAUUCUCGCAUGAUAUAUGGACUUGUGUUGUGUUUCUUAGACAGUUAAAGUUGGUUGGGUGAUAUAUAAUCAUGUAAUGAUAAAUUAAACAGUUCUGUCUAAAAGUGAGCUACAUUUAGCUAGAUAUAUUCUGAGCUAGAUGUGUGCUAACACGUAUCUGUCUUGUUGAAAUCAGAUUAGUUCUCAGUGAGUACCAAACAUCACAUUAACCAAACACGGACACUAACUAUACACAGCCAGCAGCAAAUAUUUGACAAGCCAGCCAUCAAGAUGUAACAGUAAAAUUGCACCAUUUUAUUGAAAGUAAUUUUCAUUUGCAAAAUUUGAUACAGCACCACCUAAAACGACAUCACACAACACAAUAUGGUUAGAUACAACAUAACACAACCCAAUGCAUUGUCCACAGACUGACUUCUAUUCUGCCCCUCUGCAUAGGACAUAUUUUGGUUUGCAGGUUUAAAAAAAACCAAAAACAAACUACAACAAGAACACAGCCAAAUAGGAUAUGACUUUUUAAUGUCUGAAUUUGCUGUUCCACAUGACAUUCCAUUUAUUUAUUUUGUCUCAUCCAGAAAUUCAUUUUAACAUAAUACUUUUCCUUGAACAAUGUUGUAACCUACAAAAAAUAGCAACUCUUAAUGGAAUGCUUGUAACAGUCUUCCUGUAAGGGACUGUUCCCGCCACUAAAUUCUUGUCAUAUUCACAGACCCAAACACUGACCCCUGCACAGGAUUAUAUAAAGCAGCCAGUCUUGCAAAAUCUGCAUAGUCGACGUAUGUCUGUUUGACUGGGAGAGUAUUUUGUGUGUUUAUUUAUUAACUACAAAUGGCGCAUUCUAGGAAAAAAAAUGUCCCGUUUUAAGAGGACAGAUGCAUGUGUCUUUUAGAAAGGCAGACUCCCUCCUUUUCUCCUGCUGGCGUGUGGGACAGGCUCCAACGGUACUUGAGUUUGAACAAACAGGCCAUUCAGGCAUACAGGCGAAGGAACUGCUUGCUUGUCAGCCUGUUGCAUCUUUAUUAAGGAAAGACAGAUUGAGCGACAGCCACUUGCUUUAUUAACUACUACUCCAUCAGCCACAGUAAACUAGAACAACCUACAGAAUAAGUUAUACUUCAUAGAUCCUGUGCAUCAAAAAGUAAGCUGAAUAUGACCAAUGUUUAUUCCAGAUGAUUGCAAUAAGUCAAAGAAAUGUAGUAAGGCAAAAAAGGGGUCACAUGUCCUCAUGUUGUUUAGUAGGUUUUUGAAGUUGUGUGUUCAACAGACUAUCUUAAGCCCAAUAGUUCAAAUGAUCUCUCAAGUGAUGGAAUUAGAACUCUGUUGAUUUAUUCAUGAUUAGACUAAGGUUUGGGUUUAAGGAAAUGACCAGAGUCAAUUUUAGACUUUUUUUUAAAUGGUGGAGGAAAUAUAUGCUUUACAAUGUUUAAUAAACAAUUUUAAUGUGGAUCUUACUGAAAUGACAAAUCAAACAACUUUUUCAGAUUAUAUUCUGUUUACCUUUUGUUUUGUUUUCUCUUUGGUUUUAUUGAUAUGAUGAGACUUCCAUCAGAUUUAAUGGCACUGUGAUGUUAAUGGUCAGCGUAUAGUAUUGGGCAUGGCAAAUACUGAGCAGAGUAUUAUUCCUGUACAUACUGAUUGUUUCUUUUGUAAUUUAAAAGAAAAGGAUCAAAUAAGUAACUCAAAUCCC